UUCUUCUCGAACUGUGCUGGCGUCAGCUUCCCGACGCGCAGCCCCCUCCCCCUGCGCCUCUGAUUGGCUGUAGGCGGCCUGGGCGGGUUCUCGGCAGCCAAUGAGAAGGUCAGAUGCCCGUGUCUGUCCGGGCCGUCGGAAUCCAGCCCUGUCGCAACCCUGCCCGGAGCCCGAGAAUUACCUAUCUUGCCUCACCUUUUCCACCUUUGUACACAGUGAAUUAGGAAAAGCGACCGAGUUAUCGCCAUCGCCUCCUGCGGUAAACUUCGAACCCGUUGAGAACGGGGACCGACUGUGGUCCUCGCUCACCAGGGCGCUAGAGAACACACGCGCCCAAGAACGGUGCAAACUUGGUGGAGGCCACACGUUACAUCAGACGUUAAGAGUUAUUUACUGAGGGCCUCUGAGCGCCAAGCACUGAGUGGAAGCCACACAUUUGUUGUUAUCAAUUCAACAAGCUUUCACGGAGCGUGUGCUGUGUGCAGGUUUGGGGGCGGGGGCGGUGCCGUGGGGCAUACGCAAAAAUCUCUCUCUCUUUCUGUCUUCAAAGCGUCCCAUCUCCCAGCCAGCAUGUUUAACUACGAUCUGCGUUCCCACUCUUCAUUUUACAGCCAAGGAGACAGACCCAGCAAAGAAACUUGUCCUAACAUGCACAGUCAGGCUGGAAACGCACAGUGUAGACGGAGGAACAGCAUCUGUCAGCUUCCAUCCUAGAAAGAGAGAGAGUGCACAUGGGGGAGAGGGGCAGAGGGAAAGAGAGAGAGAGAGAAUCCCAAGCAGGCUUUGCACCGAGCAUGUCUCAAUCCCCCGACCCUGGGAUCACAACCUGAGCUAAAAUCAAGACUUGGACCAACCGAACCACCCAGCCACUCUACGUUAUUUUUUUUAAUACUUGCCCAAACUGAGUUGAGCCAGGGGAAGUAGCUGCACUGGGUCCCUCUGCAUCCCAGAGUUUGCCGGGACCAAGGAUGGGCCUUCCCCCUAAGAUCCAGAUGUGAGCCAGCAUGAAGACAGCGUCAACAAGGAGUCAUCUAGAUCCCGCCUGAGAGAGCCAACUGCAUGGACUAUAUCUUCAGUUACCCAAUGAAGACUGUGCCUUCAAACGACCCUAGGACUGAAUGUCACCGAAGAGAGAGCAGAAGGUUCUGGGUCUGCUGGAUUUUUAGCCGGAGAGGGGAAUAAUCCCCACCAUGAGUAAAUGGUAAAGGAAUGGCGAGAGGGGAACAAAAAUGAAAUUGCGUUCGAUUACCGUCAGAGUUGUGCGUGUUCAAAACAUUUUGGACAAAGACCCUCAGCCCGCGAGGAGGGUGCACAAUACGAGGGCUCUCGGAAGCCCCCCUUCUCUGUAGGGCCUGUGGUGCCCCCAGUGCUCUGUACGUGACCAACCACCUGAGCAGCUCGGUGGGGCUACAGGCCUCAAGUCCUCACAGUAAACGAAGAAGCUGGGGGGGACAGCAUGUGACCUCGCCGGUGUCACUUGAGCAGCAAGAAGUGACAGGACAGCCGAGGCAGGUCUAUAUUUGGGCUCUCACUCACGGCAGGCGUUGCUAUUUGCAGUGGGAGUCAGCUCAUGUUACCCGGCUUGCAGAGUCCCCGCUGUAAAACAGGGCCUUCGGGCACGCAGAGGUCACCCGGAGGGAAAUGCCAUCCCCACCGAAGGCAGAGCAGUUUUCUAGCCCUUCCCCGGAGUCCUCAGAGGUAAAAAAAAGAAGAACUACGGACCCUUAAAUCAGCAGGACCCAGGACACCCACUAGGAGGCGCGCGUGCGAGGAACUCUGUGGGUGCAGAGGCGCGAUGGACGGGGAGGCUGGGGGGGCGCCCGAGGUGCACAGGUCCCCGGCUCCCAGGGACUUCCACUUCUGUCCCACGGAUCUGUAUGACUCCGAAGGCCGGCUGCGGCUCUUCCCAGAAGAACGCACGCGGACGGGAAGACAAGUGGCCGCCGAAAUGACCAGCGAGCCCGGGGGGGCGGCCCCAGGUAAGGCCCAGAGCGACCUGGAGGAGGAGGUGCAGGAGCUUGUGGAUUUGUACGCGCUUGGAGGUGGUGGCGAGUGGGGCGCGGAGCUCGUGGAUGGAAGCGCGCCGCGCGUGGAGGUCUCGGAACCCCGGCUGCACCUGUCCUCGGCGGGAGCGCAGAGGGACUGGCGGCUGGGCGCCGAGGCCGAGGACCCGGGCUGCUUGGGCUGGGGCGCGGCCGGCCGGGACCUGCGGGAAGCCUACAGGUACGCGCACGGCCGGGCCAGCGAGGAGUACGAGUGCUACGUCAUCCCCGAGGAGGAGGACGAGGACGAAGCCGCCCUGGUCUUCUGUGUCACUUGCAAAGCCCCAGUAAGGGCGUGCGAGGUUUCGGAUGCGCACGGAGAGCAUGAGGUGACCCCCCUCAGCAAGGCCCUGGAAAGCGCCAAGGACGAAAUUCACAAAAACAUGUUCAAACUGGAAAAGCAGAUUAUCGAGAUGGAGAAUUUUGCAAAUCACUUGGAGGAGGUUUUCAUCACCGUGGAGGAGAACUUUGGAAGACAGGAACAAAAUUUUGAGUCACAUUUCAAUGAGAUUUUGGAAACACUUGCUCAAAAAUAUGAAGAAAAAAUACAAGCUCUCGGAGAGAAAAAGAAAGCGAAGUUGGAAGCCUUGUAUGGACAACUGGUCAGCUGUGGGGAAAACCUGGAUACCUGUAAGGAACUCAUGGAAACCAUAGAGGAGAUGUGUCACGAAGAGAAGGUCGACUUCAUAAAGGAUGCUGUGGCUAUGGCUGACAGACUGGGAAAAUUCUUGAAUACAGAAACAGACGUGGAAAUCUCUGCGCAGCCUGACUUUGAAGACCAGACCUUGGACUUCUCUGAUGUGGAGCAGCUAAUGGGCUCCAUUAACACCAUCCCAGCUCCUUCUGCUCCAGUGAUAAACCCACAGGCCCCCAACUCGGCCACGGGCUCCUCUGUCCGCGUGUGCUGGAGUUUGUACUCUGAUGACACGGUGGAGAGCUAUCUGCUGUCCUACCGGCCGGUGCAGGACGGCUCGCCUGGGAAGGACCAAGCAGAGUUUACAAUGACUGUCAAAGAAACAUAUUGCUCAGUGAGAAAUCUUGUGCCAAACACCCAGUAUGAAUUUUGGGUCACAGCUCAGAACAGGGCCGGCCGCAGCCCCGCCAGUGAGCGUGCAAUGUACAUGACAGCCCCCUCCCCUCCCGUUAUAAAAAGCAAAGAGAUACGGAGCUGUGAAGAGGCUGCACUGAUUUGCUGGGAGUCUGGGAAUCUGAACCCCGUGGACUCGUACACGGUGGAGCUGACCCAGGCGGAAAGUCCUGAAGCCUCGGGAGUAACUGAGUCGGUCGUGGGCAUCCCGACCCGCGAGGCCUUGUUGCAGCUGCAGCCCAGGCAGCGCUAUACCAUCUACGUGCGAGCCCUCAGCGUGGGGGGCCCCAGUGCAAGGAGCGACCCCGUGACCGUCUACACCACAGGCAGCUUCUUCCACCUGAACCAGCACACCUGCCAUCCCGGGCUGACCAUUUCUGAAGAUGGGUUUACGGUCGUGCGGAGCGAAAGGAAAACCCCAGCAAAGGAGCCGCUCCCUGGCAACACCCGGUUUACCAGGUGUGUUGCCGUCAUGGGGAAUCUCAUUCCAAUCCGAGGGCGCCAUUACUGGGAGGUGGAGGUGGACGAGAGGUCCCACUACACGGUGGGUGUGGCCUUUGAAGAUGUCCCUAAACAAGAGGACCUGGGAGCAAACUGCCUGUCUUGGUGCAUGAGGCACAGACUUGCAUCAUCACGGCAUAAGUAUGAGUUCCUGCACAACGGGACGACUCCAGAUAUAAGAAUAACUGUCUCCCCGAGGAAGAUCGGCAUUCUGCUAGACUAUGAAAAUUCAAAAUUGUCAUUUUUCAAUGCGGACAUUUCUCAGCAUCUGUACACGUUUAGUUGUCAGCUUCACCGAUUUGUGCAUCCCUGUUUUUCUUUGGAAAAGCCUGGGUGUCUGAAGAUACAUAAUGGCAUUUCAAUGCCAAAGCAUGUCACUUUCUACUAGACCAUUCUGAUGCCAGCUCCCUCUCUUCUGUACCCACCCCUCCAAGCCGGCCACCCCUCAGCUGGUUGAACUUGGCGUUCAAGCACAGGUUUCUAGCCCUGCGCACUGCCACCUGUAAGAUGUUAGGUUAGUCAUUACCAGGCGCGGCUGUAAAAUGAGGGCUCAGACAAAAUGAACUCCAGGCCUUUCAGGUGGUCAAACUGUAUCGGUCUGUUUGUUUAUAUGCAAAGUAUCUGAAAGUCCAAGGCCUACAGAGCGUGGGGGCAGGGGCAAGGGAGGGAAGAGAUACAUAAGUACUAGUGGCCGCGGCACACCCGGGACAUCUUGCGAGUCAGCCGGGAACAGACUCCAGAAGGCAAGAGGCUGUCCACAGAGAACCAGGGAAGCCACGCGCCUUCUGUUUUCCCGGGAGUUAAUGGCACUGUGAUGCAGUUUCUGGCACUGAGCACGCUGUCACACCUGUUCCCCUCGUUCACAGAACUUACCCCACUCAAACUUUGAAAUGACCUCUACCGUGCGCCCUUCCAUGAAGGCAGGGACAGUGUCUGUCUUGUUCAUCAUUCGGUCCCUAAGGACUAACGUGUAACAAACGGUACACACCAAAUACUGAAUAAAUUAGUAUCUUCCUCAUCCAACCACCAUUGUCGGGCUCUCUGCUCUCCGUGCGAGGGAUGGUGGGGCUCUUUCCAAACUACAGCAAAGGAUGUACGGCAGGGAGAUGGAGAAAACCUGGAGGGGAGGCAGUCUGAAGGAACAGAAGGGCACCUGCGGCUUGAUGGCAAGACUGGGCAAAAUGGAACGCUCUACUACACACUUCACGUCCCGCAGCGGCCUACGCAUAAACGUGGGACUUUCAGUGCAUCGGGAGAGAGAGCGGGGGCUAAAGCGGGAAAAAACAGAGAACGUUAGUCACAACUGAUUCUAGGAACUGUCCUGUCACGUGGAGAGAACCAGACUGGAAAUCAAAAGACCGAGGUUUGAUUGCUCCUCUGUAGCUACUCUGCAAGGAGUCACAUGAUCUUCCAGAGCUCCCGUGUCCCUUUAAACAAAGAAAAAAUAGCACUAGCCUCAAUAGACUAGACUCAAUAGACUGGGAGAUUUAAUGACGAACACAGGAGCGCACGAUAUAGAACGUAUGGCAAAUGCGUGGCAGUUUCGGGAGAGAGAACCUCGCCCGCCAAAGGCUAAAGCUGAGCACCGGUGUGCAAAGCGGCCCCUGGGCCAGCAGCUCUGGGGCCUCCUGCCUCUCUGCUGUCAUGCCCUCCUGUGCCCACAGCACCGGCCCCGCGGGCUGCCUUCCUGGUUCUCCGCUCGGCUCUCCAGCUGCCACCUAAAGCUCUGCACACUGCGUCUUCGAGCUUGGACGUGUGGGUGCAGAGCAGGGGACUCUGCCUGUGAAGCAGUUCUCAGACCGUUUUGUUCCGCCCCGCGGAUGCCCCUCUGCACAGAUACGCCCCGUGUCUCAUCACUCAUGGUUUCGUGGGAACUGAAAAUCCUGUGAUCUAAAACUUGAGUGUUUUCCAGCACAAAGUCUGAUGCGAUGAACGCCUCUCAAGUCGCCUGUCUAAAAACCCUGCCUGUUGAUACACAUGGCGGCUCAGAUUCCUGAAUUAACAACUUGACAGUCUUACUACCCUGAGAUAAGGAAGGGACGGCCAAUGUAAACAGAGAUGGUUCAAGUUACAAACAGAAUAUACAUGUGUGCAUAUUCAAAACCAAGCUUAGCCACUGCAACAGAAACUACCAAGCAGGAGGUAGGCUAUCACGGAUACGGCAAAUUUGAAUUCAGCACUCUAAAGGCUUUAUGGAAUAUUUCACAUGUAACCUGAACGUGGAUAAAACGAUUAAAAACUCGACACCUGUAAGGUUUGAGUAAAAGUUUUAUUGAUCAAGAAAAAAAACAUCUAGAAUUUGUGCUGACAUAUAAAAUUCACUUACUUUAAAAUGAGGCAGAUGACCAACUUAAAGCAUCACAGUUCUUCAGCAUAGUGAAGUUUUGUUUAAACAUGGUUCUUCUAGGAGAAGAAAAAAUAGAACAGAACCAAACGAAACUUUUUUUUUUUCUGUAAAAUAUUCCAGUUCCUAAAUUACCAUGAAUAAUCUGCUGAAAUCAAAUUUCAACAGGGGCAGGAUUUACCUCAAGGCCAUGUUCAGCUGCAACCUGCUGAUAUAUCUGUUAAAAAACAAAAAACAAAACGGAUUUUUAAAAAGUCAGAAUAUUGUAGCCACAAUCCCUGACACCGCAGAUAAAACAAAAGAUACCAAUCUGUUCUUUUCCUAGCUUUACCUGUAUUACUUUCUAACUCUUGAGAAGGUUAUUAACAUAAGUUUUGGCUUCCCUCAACAAAGGGGAGACUACGUAAAAUAACCACAGAAUCUUAGUGUAAACUAACAUGGGCUUAGUAAUUCAGAAUAAUCAGAAUUUAAGGCACCCUUCGAUGGGACUGGAAAGUUGGUCAGAGACACCGGUUUCUGAUAAAAUGAAAUUGCCUCUUAUUUGGAAAAGUGUGUUUAAUGGACUUCCUGCUGAUUCAGACAAUGAUAUGCAAUCAUUGCUUGUACACACCCAAUAAAAUCUUUCUGAAGCACAAGCACGGUGACCAGUAUAAAGCAGAGUGAUUGCAUGGGCAAUGAGGCCUUUUCCUUAAUGCUUCUCAUCCUCUCAAUAUGUCAGAAUCAUAACCUUACACGGCUCACACUGGCAGCUGCCCGCAGCACAAUUCACCAUGACAUGGCAUUCUGUAAAUGAGAUCCGCUCGUCCCUGUCCAAGGAGGCUUAGCUACCAGAGAACCUGCUGGACCCUCCGAAGGCUGCACUACGGGAAAGGUCCCAUCCUCCACUUUCAUGAACAACUUCUCCAAUUUCCAGCCACCUUCCUAUCAGUUAGUACAGGAAGAGUCUUGUGGGUUCACUGCCUUUUCCCACCCUUUCUGAUCUCUCAAUUUACUGUUCCUAUUUUCCACAGCAAGACCACACUAUACGUAUAAAUGCUGUUGGUAGAUAAGUAGGUCUUGAAUUUGUUUUGUAAACAAGACCUGUUCUAUCUACCUUUUCAUUUAGGAGGCUAACAGCAGAGUCAGCUUGACUUCAAGGACUCUAUUUUCUUAGUCUCCAGAAGACCAAGUCCAGCCUUUGAAACACUGUCCUCUAGCACGUCAAGACACGAAAGGAAUGCUAGUUGAUUACUUUUAGAUAACUAACUACUUUUCGAGUGUUCAGAGACUGGAACGCUAGCAUACACGUGCUUCACUGCAAUCCAUGGUUAAGGAAUCUAAAUGCAAGAUGAGAGUUCAGGAUUUGCGAAGAAGAUUCCAGCCAGUCAGCACCUUCUCCGUCAGCAAGUCUCCUAGAAGGAGCGUGAUGAUGAGCUGGGCACGAUGGAUGCCCCGAGUGAGUAAUUACUUUAGAGCUGCUAGUGCACAGGCGCCAGUUCUUGUCACGCCUGUCGCGUCUUCCACUUCACUGCUUGUUUCCUGCUAGUCCCAGUCCCAGAAAAAAAUUAAGCCCGAUUCACUGAUUGAUUGCUUUUUCGUCAUUCUCCCCAGACUUUGACAGAAUCAGGUUUUUCUGCCUAGUUCCACCUUCAACAGAUCCUAGUGGAAUUAAACUAUCAUUGAUUUGAAUGACAAUUCAACUACCCAGCUUGCAGGUCAAACAACAGGCAGUCACUCAGUUAUAGCCAACAAAAAUGCUUUUGUAGUAUGAACUUGGGUUCUGAUUUUGCUGCCUCCCCCAUGCUCAUUCCUAGGUCUAGAUGUGGGCUUAAGAGAGGCCCCUAAAUUUGAAAAGACUGGAUUAGAGACAAGAAUAUAAUCCAUUCACUGGGAAAGCAAUCAAUCAACAAAAUUGAGGUUUCCCAGCUGUGCAUUUUAACAAAGCAGGAACGCAGUUUUUAGAGAUGGAUUUCCUGAGUACAAUCAUUAUUUCUUGGUAAACCUGUCCUAUUGCUCUGCCACUCAGAAAGAUGCCUCCCCUCUGACUUCUUUUCUAUCCUCAACAUCCAUCUAAUUAAGGCGAAGAAGGACAGGGAGAGAGAAGGAAAACAAGAGGAGCACUAUCCUCAGAAGGACAGACCUCUGAAGAAAGGCAGAAGACACUUGACCCUGUCUUCUGUGUAAUUCACAAUUUGUAAACAAGCCACAGAUCACAGAUCCCUAGGUACCUGGAAUGGACCUACCCUUUCUUGUCCUCCUAAUGCCUGUAUAGCUCAAAAGUCACUUCCCGGAAGCACUUAAUCCCCCCCCCCCCCCCGGCCGAGUUAAGUUGCACACACUCACCUCUUCUUGAAUACUUAAGUGGCACACUGACCAUUGACCUGUAUCUGCUCGACUUAACUGUAUGCAAACCAAAGGGAGGAACUGUAUCUUCAUAAUCUCUGAUCAGAUCAUGGAAGCAAAGGCAUUCUGCUUUCAAACGCUCACAUCCCUGAAAAGAGAUAAGAGGCAUCGAAUUGUCGUCCAAGUUAAAAGAAAAUUUCUUCAUCAGAAAGCAAAGCACUUUCAUGGGGCACCUGAGUGGCUCGGUGGGUUAAGCGUCUGACUCUGGUUUCAGCUCAGGUCACGAUCUCACUCACGGUUGGGCUCCACACUCGCAUGGAACCUGCUUAGGAUUCUCUCUCUCUCCCUCCUUCUGCCCCUCCUGCUGACCCUCUUGCUCUCGUGCUCAUUUGCUCUCUCCCUCAAAAGAAAAAAAAAAAAAGCAAAGCACUUUCAAAUUGUGUGUUGAGUGGGGAGAGGGAGAUAAAAAAUAGCGAGUGAUUCUCAGCCUUUCUUCUGUCCCCAUACACUUGAGAGAUCUACCACAGAACCCUGUUAGUAACAGUAACUUCUAACUUGGGAGGAGUGGGAGGGGUUUAUGGGGAUCUGAGGAAGAUGUAUGUGGUUUAGCAUGUUUCCUUCCUAUCCCUGCAAGAGAUCUUUAACACAUUUAAUAUUUAUUAUAGUUUUGAUGAUUCUCGAGAGAGCCCAGAGUCUACAACAUACAUAUUUUAAAUGUUCUCAAACAUCAAUCUGGUUUAUAUGUUUGGAGGCUGAUGAGUGGAAGUUACCCCUUGGCCCUGAUAGCACGCCACACCAUGACUCUCUGCUGGUCUUAGAAUCUAAGACUUUCAUGGAGGAAACCAUAUGCUGUAAAGGUAAUGACAAACUCAGGUGAUACCUGAGAAGAAGACCACAGGUGAUACCUUCUCAAAUGUCAAGUGUCUUUAAAAAGUCAUUUUAUGGGAGAGGCUUCCUCACCCCACCCCCCCAAAAUUUUACCCAAAUUUCCAUAUCAGAUGUAGGGGAAAAUACUACAUAUAUGGAGGCGCCUGUCGUUCUUGAAAUCUCAUCCUUUCCUAAACAGUUUAUAGAAUUUUCAGAGCCUAGGCUUCAUUAUUUUAAAUAAAAAAAAUAUGUUCCCAGCCCUUCAAAGAACCUCAAGCCAAUCUCCCCCAAAUAACCAUAUAUAACUACCUACCAAGGAUUUCUGUAAAGUAUAAGGCAUUUUAAACACCUACUCAUGUAGCAAUAAUAAUGAAUUCAAUAGUGGGUCCGUUUCUGUGCAGUUACUAAUCCACUGAAAAGUCUCGAGUUCUAGAAGUGAGAGAAGGGUGAUGUGUAGCCUGCUGUGGUCACUGAUGGAAGCAGGAGUUAAAUGGUCAAGAGGAGUGAGUGAAACAGAAACUGCCUACAGGGGCGCCUGCGUGCCUCAGUAGGUUGAGCCCCUGACUUGGGCUCAGGUUGCGAUCUCACCGGCUGGUGAGUUCAAACCCGGUGUCAGCCUCUGUGUUGACAGCUCGGAGUUGGGAGCCUGUUUAGGAUUCUGUGUCUUUGUGUCUCUGCCCCUCCCCCACUCACACUCUCUCAAGAACAUUAAAAAAAUUUUAAUAAAAAAUAAUAAAAUGUAAAUAAAUGACACAUUUCUAAUUCCUGACUUUCAGCCUGUCUCCUCUCACUAUGCUUCCAUUCAAAACUGAACCGUGGGGGAUGACCCAGAUGGCUGUCCCUCCUCUGACACCCAAUGACUUGGCUGGCAGAUUCAGGAAGCUUGAAAAUCACCCGCCUGUGUGCAUGUUUUCAAAUUAAUGCAACAGGUGCUGCUGCCUCAAGCAGGAGUCACCGAUUCAGAGGGCCUGGUUAUGCACAGGCCCUGGAGUCACAUCCCUUAAGGGACCACUUAUGUUAAAUUCACCUCCUGAAUUAUUUUUCCUUAAACUUUACUCCUCCCUUCCACAUAUAUUCCCCACCGCACCUCCGUGAACUACCAGGCUUGUUUUUUUAGACGGGAUCGAAAAAGCUGAGCAAGAGUUAGGUAUGAGACGUAGAUGUGGUUGGGUGACGAGGACCCUCGCGACAGAUACGCCGACCUCUCACCUCUACUCCGGUUCCCCGCCAUACUCCCCGAAACCCGACACGCCAGCCAGCCUGCCCACAAGGACGAUAUCGUCGCCCGCCCCGCGGGUGGCCCGAGAUCAGCCUUGCUCUACGCCACAACCACACCCGGCCCUCCGGGAUCCGACCCCGACAGCAACUGCACUCUCCUUCCGGCGGGAAAGAGCUCCUUCCGGUUUCCGGGUGUGGGGAGGAAGUCCCUCCCUCCAUGCAACAGCGUAACAUAGCGGGACGCGCCCGCGGAGUUCUGGAACCAGGAAGUCCGAAAUGAAGGUGUCAGCAGGAUCAUGCUUCCUCUGAAACUCUGGCCCGAUCAACCAAAUGGACUGUAGUUGCUCUGCAUUGUUACCCAUGAGGUUCAGCCAUCAGAACAUUUGGGGUUUGGUCCUGGCUGUGCCCUUCGAACCUUGAAAGAGACCCUUUAAAGUCAUUCUAAAAUGCUUGUCUGUACUUAUUCUUUGAGAGGAUCAAGAUGAAUGAAAAUGAUAUCAGAGAAAACCUCAGACCGUCAUGAAUGAAUAAAGAGGACAAACAAAAACCAGAACAGUUCCAGUGGCUACCAGAGAAGAGGUGGAUGGAAGGAUGGGUGAAAUAGAUAAAUGCGAUUAAGAGUAUACUCACCUUGACGAGCCCCGAGAAAGGCACAGAAUCGUCGGAUCAUCAUGUUGUACGCCUGAAACUAAUAUAACAUUGUGGGAUGUCUGGAGAAGACAGGUCUCCACUGAUGACCGGCAGAAGGAACUGGCACCCCCCCCCCCCCCCCCCCCCCGCGCAAACAGGUCUGGUCCCCGUUUCCUCUCAGGCCCUGACUGGGGCGGUCACUACCAUCCAGUCCUUCCUCUCUGAGGCUUUCCUGGGGUAGCACUGGGAGGCCGUGGAGUUAGAGGGCAGCGAGCCUGAGCCGCAAGACCUCUUCCUGUGCAGGCUGUUGUCCGCUGCUGGACACUGGUGCGGGGCCCAUGUGGGCGUGUGCUGUGGCCAUGGGGAGAUCAUCCGCCUCGAAGGUGAGCAUCUCUGCCUGAAACAUUGACCCUAGUCUGCUAGAGAGGCCGCCCAUCCAAGCCCUGUUCUACCAGUGGGCAGGGCACAAGAGAAUGAAAACUGCAGGCCCCUAGCUGGAGGGGUGAGUCUCUGAAGAUGGACGCUUGGGCACCCAGGGAAUGGGGCUCAGGGCCCCGGGGUCCUGGGAGAUUUGGGUGCAGGAUCAGGGCACUGGGGUCACAGGACCUAACUGGCUCUGACUUGCACCCAUCGGGUGAUCCCUGCAGGCAGGAAUAUAAUCAGCCACAGGCUUCACACGUCUCUGUGUUCCUGCAAAGCCAUUGUAUCUAAACGGGCAGUGCCUGCUGCUACACCCCCGCUCUCUGCUGUGGCGUGUGCUGCGUAGACGUGGUGGCCUUGACCGUGGGCGAGGCAAUGGACUCAGACCCACCCCCCCAUCACCCCAUGCGCAGCAACUGCUGCACUUUACACUGGGUCUGCUCCGACUCCGGGGCCCAUCCAGAUCCCCUACAGAUAGAUGGCAGUCCUAUUAGCUGGGUGAGUCUGGCCCAGCUACCCACGCGAGAUCCCAGCCCGCCUCCAGAGCUAACCAGUGUGCUCCUGCAGAACUGGUACUGUCUCUCCCCACCCAGGCCAUGCUCGUCAAACUCAAGAUCCACUUUACUCUGGCAGACCCAAAGCACCCAGAAGCAAACUAGCCUGCCAACUUGGUGUCAGUGGACCUGAAUUUGACUGUGGAUAGGUGUGACCUCAGGCCAUCCUGAGUGGGCAUGGCGGCUUCAGAAGUGGUCAUUAAACUAUAUUGCAAAGCUGGA